AUGCAAUCAACGCCUCCCCUCCACGGGAGCCAGCGCAAGACCGCCAUAGUCGUUAGCGAUGACGAACCUUUGACACUUGAAACCGUUGACCCUACCCCGGCAUACACCUAUACCGAUCUAAAUACUACCGACCAUUUCCGCCUAUUGGAGCUCCUUCCUGGGUCGGGCUCGGCCGCUCUCCAAUGCAAUAUUCAAUCUUAUCGUCUUGAUGCAUUCACGCUGCCCCCCUACAGGGCACUCUCCUACUCUGGCAUAGAGUCCCAGUACGAAAACCUGGUUGUAGCCGGCCAAAAAAUAUUGAUCGAUUCCCCACUGAGGCUCUCAUACGAAUUUCGGCAUCCUCUCAUUUGCGAAGGUCGGAAACUUCUGAUCACAACCAGCCUCCGGGAUGCCCUUCGACGAAUCCGCCAUGCAAGGCUGCCGAUAAAGCUUUGGGUUGACGCAAUCUGUAUCAACAAGGAGAAUGUCAUCGAGCGUUCGUUUCAUGCGAGGAUGAUUCCCCGCAUUUAUCGGCGUGCUACAAACGUUAUAGCUUGGCUUGGUGAGGCCGAUGGAGACAGCGACAAAGCCAUCACGACCGUGCAGCGAAUGAUAGAAGAAACUAAGCAUGGCAGGCCAUCGUCCGACGUACUAUCGGCUGAGGACAUUGAAUCCUUCGUACGGUUUCUUGAGCGCCCAAUUUUCCGGCGUCUCUGGUGCGUGGUAGAAACAGCUGUCGCUAAAGAUGCACGAAUCCUGUGCGGAUCACUUCCCUCUCCCAACAUCUUAACCGGACCAUGCGUCUCCUAUGGAAGGCUAGGCUGGGCGUGUCAAGUCAUGAGAAGCCUUAUAUCCGAGCAUAUUGAGUCCUUGGACGAGGCAAAGCGGCUGCUAUUAUUCUGCGAUCUCGGUGUGCAGGUUCGCACUGGACUCAGUAUUGGGAAAGUAGAUCCGUAUCAACUGGCAUACGAUCUCCGCGAAUAUGAGUCUACCGAUCCCUUGGACAAAGUAUUCGCCUUCUAUGCAAUGCCCAGGACUGACUGUCCCGUAUCAUUAGGGGAGGCCCCCGUCGCUGCUACUAAAGACGAGCUUGCGAGGUUGAGUACCUCGGACCCUCUUCUUAUGCGCAAGUUGACCAUCAACUGGGCUCAAACUAAAUGGGAGCAACAUGCAGGGUUGGGACCCCUAUGUUCCGCGAACACACGGAUUGAUGCUUUGAUGGAACACGUCAAUUACUACUAUAGGACCGUCAUUACCUUGUUGGAGUGUGUACUCAAGAGCUGCAGUGGUAGCUCUCGGGAAGACAGACCGGUCGUAUUCUCCAAGUUGUGGGAAGCAGUCGAUCUCCAACAAACAGCGAUUCGGCGCUUCUUGGACAAGAAUACAGACGAGAUCGCCUCUUCAGACGAAUUGGUCAUGUUUCGUCGUAUCUCGACAGAUCUAGAAACUAGUCUAUGGCUGUAUGAAGACAUUUGUACUUCACAUGCUGGCGGCAAAUAUGGCCCAGAAGAUGUGCCGUACCUUAGCAACAGGAUUGAAGCCCUCAAAAGGAUGCAGAACUGUCUAAGCACUGCAUGUGACUCAUCGUCUUCUAUUGGAAGCAGCAACUAUGAUGUCGACGAGGAUGUUGAUCAGAGACUGCAUAAUCCUGAUCCAGCUGGUGAGGUUUCAUCGUCUAGUAAAGGAGAAGCUACGCAACUUACUGAAAAUGAAGCUCCUGCUGAAGAUAGUAUUUCCGAGACCAUCGGAGUUAAUAGCCAGGGUUCAAUGAACCCAGGAGAAAAUGGGGAAGAUAGAGGCCGCAGCGGACCAAGGGAUAUUGAAAAUGACUUACGUCUUCAGCGAAUUGAAGGCCACGUGCCUGCCGAAGUAUUCCUUGCCGUCUCUAUUAUGACCAAUGGUGAGGAACUGCGCCACUGCAUGGGGCUGGAGUAUAUGGCGCUAAGGAAUGAUGGCUGCGAGUCGACAUGCACACGAGACGGUCACGAUCACACUGUCCCCGAUAGCAGAGCAUUAGCCAGUCCAGACUACAGCCUGUCCACAGCCGAAGCCUACCGCGCCUUUACAGUCCAGCGUUUGCUCCAAGAUCAGAACCUUGACUUACUUUCAUCCGUCGACGCAUUCUGCCACGGGGCCAGGGUGACCGACCUACCUUCCUGGGUCCCUGAUUACUCAAUUAGAUUAGCUGAUCGCAUUGUGCCUUUGGUUAGCCCGGAAUAUCACGGUCGACCAGUUUUCGGAAGCAAAAGCAAGACUAACCCCGAGAUACUUUGGGAGGAGAGUGACCCUAAUGCUUUGAAGCUGGCUGGUCGCUUGUUUGAUACCAUUUCUGCCGUUUCUAUGCUCCGAUCGGAAGUACAAGGGUUCAAACAUCUCCACGAAGAGUGGAUGAGCAUGACGGGCGGGGAGGCAGGCGUUGAACCCGCACAGCGUCGCCAGCCUCAUCCGACUGGAGAUGAUGAAGAAGCCUAUGAUAGGGUUUGGAAAGGCACCAUGGCCAUGCCCGACAGUUUGCCUACUCCACCCCCGCCGGCACGCAUCAAGUCAUGGCGGCACAUGAUCCGCGACUUCAUGCAGUGGUUCCAUGGUUGGCAUGUUCGACCUGACGGGCUGAGCAAAGCCGAUUGGCAGUGCUACUUUGCCUUUUUAGCUCUCCUCGCCGCCCAACAGAGCGGUGCUACGACCGAGCUUGCGUUGGAGCGGGCCCUCGACAAGGGAGGUAUUGCCCCAGGGGUCACGAUCACGGAGCGUAACGAGGGCUUCUUCGAAGCUCUCCGAUCCGUCGCUGUGGGCCGAAGACUGGCUGUCACAAAAGCUGGAGGAGUAACCUGGGCACCGGAGACAACCCAGGUUGGCGACAAGAUAUGCGUGAUGAAGGGUGCCAAGGUGCCUUUCAUUAUUCGUGAGGUUGGCGGCACGGGGAGCUCUUUUAGAUUUAUUGGUGAAUGCUUCUGCCACGAGUUGGCCCGCCGAGGAAUGGGGGAUGACGACACGGACUGGACAACCAUUCGUCUAAUCUGA